GGCGUCUCACAGAACCUAUAAACCCUAAGCCGCCUAGCUAGACAGCAUUCUGAAGUAUCAUAUCUGAACUUGCUUAUAACACCUCAGAAAUAAUGCUAACACGGAUCUUACUAACUUAAAUCAUCAACUAAAAAUACAGUUCACGUAGAAUAUGCUUGUGUUGCCCAUCAAUGUCCAGCUAGACAGCUCGGUAAAUUUGUGACACUACCGCCGUGUUGCUCACAAUCGGGAAACAAACGUCGCUCUCCUCCUCUUCUCUUCUGCCUUGAGAUUUUCAGGGAGGCGCUGCAACUUUGGUUGGGAGGGUAAAGAGACGUUAGUAAAUAAGACAACAACAGACUGAAGGAGAGGUAAAUAUGGAUCCAGCAUCUCCCCCAGAACAGCUGUCAAUUGUUCAUGAACAGGUGCUGAACUCAUCGGGCAGAUCAGUGACCGCAGCUGUAUGUCUACACCGCUUCCUCUGUUACGGCUCGGAAACCUCCACGUACACCACUAAAGAGUGUUCUCUGGGUAUCGAGAACGCCCUGUCCCUCAUGCAGUUCAUUGAGGGAGGGCGUGGCUGUGAGGUGGUAGAAGAGGUCAGACACUUGAAUCUGGAGGGCCACACUGUCCGAUCCAAUCCCAGCCUCUUUGCCCUGGCUGUCUGCUCGCAGCACGCAGACUGCAAGACCAGGCAGGCUGCCUUCAGGACGCUGAAGGAACUGUGUCGAACACCGGCGCAACUCUUCACGUUUGUGCAGUAUAAGAAGGAGCUGAAAGAGGGAUCUGGGAUGUGGGGUCGGGCUCUACGCAGGGCUGUGACGGAUUGGUAUAACAGCCAGGAUGGUAUGAGCUUGGCGCAGGCCGUGACAAAGUGCAAACACAGGGCAGGCUGGUCUCACCAGGACCUUCUCAGGCUGUCCCACAUGAAGCCAGCCAGUGACACUGUUGCACUUGUUUGCAAAUACAUCACGAAAGGCUGGAAAGGAGUUCAGGAGGCAUAUGGUGACAAAGAAAAGUCGGAGGAUCUUCAGAAAGUUUUUGCGUAUCUAGAGGCUGUGGAGAAAUCCAAGCACUGUACUGAUGAACUGGAGCUCAUUCACCUCAUUGAGAAUUACCGACUGGAGAAAGAGCAGAUUCUAACCAACCACCUAAAGUUCAAAGAGGUAUGGAAAGCUUUGCUGAAAGAGAUGCCAGUGGUUGCUUUAAUGAAGCAUUUGGGGAAGUUGACGGCAGACAAGUUUCUGGCACGAGGAAGUCCAUAUGUUGCCGCUGUUUGUGAGAGGAUUCAGGAAGAGACGGCUCUGAAGAAGGCAAAAACACACCCGUUCAACAUUCUUGUAGCGUCUGAAAAUUAUAAACGGGGUCAUGGGAGGCGUGGCAAACUAAAAUGGGAGCCAGAGAGAGACAUUGUUGAAGCCCUGGACUGCGCCUUUGGUAGAAGUCUUUCAACCGUGGAGCCCACAGGCAAGCGUUUUUUGGUGGCUGUUGAUGUGAGUUCCUCUCUGAGUAGUGUGGCUCAUGGUAGCUCCAUCAGUACUGUGGCAAUAGCAGCAGCGAUGUGCAUGGUAUUAACACGAACAGAACCAGACACACAGGUUGUGAUCUUCUCUGAUGGAGCUGUGGCUCCCUGUGCUAAAUCGUCUGAUUUGACACUAAUGCAGGUCGCAACACAGUUCAUUAAGACUCCUGGUGGCAGCACAGACUGUGCCUUACCCAUCACCUGGGCCUCUGAGAAUGACAAAACUGUGGAUGUUUUCAUAAUUUUUACUAAUAACCAAGUCUGUGGGAGGGAAAAUCCAGCUGAGACGCUUAAGACAUAUAGACAAAAAAGAGGUGUAUUUUCCAAACUUAUUGUGUGUGGCAUGAUUGCCAGUGGCCUGUCUAUUGCUGAUCCUGAAGACCGUGGCAUGCUGGACAUCUGUGGGUUUGACUCUCGAGCAGUUGACGUCAUCCGUAACUUUGUAUUGGACGUCAUUUAAAAGGGAUUUGUUAAUAGCAGGCAAUAAUUUUUUACAAAGAAUAAGGGGGCAUUAAGGACCCCAAAUUAAUGAAGUACAUGCAAAAAAGACAAUUAUUACAUAUUAAUUUGAUAAUCUUGCUAUACGUUUUACGUUUCAAAACAAUUCUAAUUCAACAUCCAGCAGGCUGGAUUAAUUUCAGUGUAAAUCAAGUGAAGCAAAUUAAUGUUUUACUGAUCCCAAUUCUGUAUGUUUUUUAUGUUUACCCUAGUCCAAUGAAAUAGUUGUGUUUCUUAAAACAUAGCUAAUGUACAGUUAGGCUUUUACAAGUCUAGAAUUUUUUGUUGAAAAGUUGGACAUUUCAUUCCAAGUAAUGUGCUAUAUCAUAAGAGGCCUUUCUAAUUAUGUGUGAUGUCUUUCUUCUUUAUAUAUUAUUUAACAUAACCACUGAACGUGCACCAAUAGUCUUCCACAGUGAAAUGAAAUGCUAAAUAUUUCAAGGCAGUAAAUUGGAAAUCAGAAGAAAUCUAAUAUUCUCAAUUCCAUGUAGCCUAAAGUACUAAACUUGUCUGUAAUGUUCUGAUGUUGAAAUACCUCAAUUGUUUUGUGGUCCAGUAACUUGAUAUUUGAUAUACAAAUACUAAUAACCUUUUGUUAUGAUUAAUGAAAGGACACUGUAUUUUUGAUACACUAAACAACUAAUUACAUAUUCAAAAAUCUUAGUUCAUUAAUGUAUGGAAAGUUAAGCUUUUGCUAUUCCUGUUCAUGCGUCAUGCGGUUAAAUCAAGGAUUCUUAUAAAGUUAAUGCUGCUAGUAUUUAUGUAAAGAAAUUGUAGGCACAGACUAACAAACACUAAAACUUCUGUAGACAGAUACUACCGGUUGCUUUGAAAUACAAAACUGAAUGUACUGUUAUAUUUGUGUAAUAUUAGAGAUAUAAUUGAGAUUUAAAUAAAUACAUAAAU